AUGACGAGAAAUCCUUUGACGAAAGCAACAACAAAUCCGAAGAAAGACGGGGUAGCCAUCAAGAAGCAUGACGUUCGACGCAGCAAAAGAUUUCGCCGCGAGAGAGAAAUGUACCAAACAGAAGUCGUGACCAGAGGUGUGGUAACGAUCGAGAGAGACGAGGUCUGUGGAAUGGCCCAGCCAGGAGGCACCUACAUGUCUGAAAAGGAAAGGCGCGAUCGUGAAGAGGACCUCGAGGGACGACAUCUAUAUGACGAGGUCCUUCGCGGAGCUGGAUGGGGUUACAUCAAAGGAAAGGCAGUCACAGAUCCCUCGUGGAUCUUUACGGGCCCAAACUACAGCAAAGAUAAUGCACGCAUCAAUGAAAACUACUUUACAUCUUAUCAAGCCAUUUUCCAGCAAUUCGAAAAGGACGGUGACACCACGGAUCUUAUUUUGAGAAGAGGGCAGAUUGAUGAAGAACCACAAGAGCAAACUUCAAAAGCAUCCGUUUCAGCCACAAACGCAACGUGCGCUACCGCUAUUCCUGAUGGAGUUGUUCCUUUUGCCUCUGGCCCAACUGUAGAGGGUGUCCCUGUGAACCAACCAAAGACAGAUGAUAACACUGACGCAGAAUCUAUCCCCACUGCAAUUAGCCAAGAAGAUUCUGCUACCGGUACCACCAACACCGCUGAAGCUUCCAAUCCACCAGCUGUUGUUACUCACUUCAAUACUGUAGACAUUCCCACAAAACAGGAAGCUGCUGGUGAUGAUGACACUCCCAUGAAACAGGAAGAUGGGGAUGACGCUUCCAUUGAGAUAGUGGGUGACUCUUCAGAUCCCAAACCUUCUGAAGAUCUCCGCACUAGGUUGGAGCGCCUUGAGAAAAGUCUGGGCUUCGCUCUAUCCUCUCAAGUCAUUCACAGACGCAUUACCGUGCUGGAGGGUCAAUGUGGAGUGACGGCUCAAGGAAAGUCUUUCUUGGGUCGUGUCGCAGAAUUGGAGGCAAUCAUUGGGAUCUGA